AUAUAUAACAACACACCCUUGAGACUGCAGCAGCAUCUUUUCACACACGGCCAACAGAACCAGAGGCGUGGACAGCUUCACAUCGUUCUCCUCAGAAGAUGGCCGGCCUGUACUGGAUGAUGCUGACCUUCUUCCUGGCUGCUCCAAACAGCUCGGCUGCUCUAGACCCUGCUUGGCUUGCCCACAUUGUAGAAGGCAUCAGGAACGAGUAUUCAUCCAGUGACUCAUUCAGUCUGGCUGCGAACAUCCCACAGAAUCAAGACCCAAACAGUCUGGAGCAGGUCCUUCAGCAGGACUCGGCAGAUAAAGUGGAGGAAGCAGUUUCAAAGGGCCAAGUGUACCAAGGCACCAGGGUGGUGGCCGCGGCGCAGUCAGGGGCAAUGCCACUUGUCCUCCGACACAUACAACCCUUCAUUAAAAGCAGCCAAGGCAAUGUCCUGGUGGUUUACUCCGGAGACGCCCCAGCUGCAGAGACAAACGGCAUCGGUGACGUCAUUAGGGAGGUUACUCAGAACUGGCAGGGUUAUGCAUUUGUGUUUUCCAAAGAAGCUCAAUCCCCUAAACAGCUGGAGAUUCCCAACCUUGGCCUCGGUAACAUAUUCCAUUGUUAUGAACCUGAAGGUGAUUCCUUUCAGUGUACUAGCUGUUCUUCUGGUGGAGAUGUUGCAGCCUCGUGUGUUGCGAACACUCAGCGGUUAAGUCAAGAUCAAGGUGCUGCUGGUGUAGAAGCGCUUGGAGAUGUCGCCAACAUAAUCUCCUCCUUGGGCGAUGUAAGAGGGCAUGAAGACAUGGAGGAAGGUGGCAAGAUGAGCAAGUGCAAAGGAAGUGGUGGGAAGGGAUGCAAGGCUAAAGGAGGACGUAGAGGGAGGAAAGGAGGCAAGGUAAGGAAAGGGCGCAAGCGAGGGAAAGGAGGCAAGGUAAGGAAAGGAGGCAAGCGAGGGAAAGGAGGCAAGGUAAGGAAAGGGCGCAAGCGAGGGAAAGGAGGCAAGGUAAGGAAAGGGCGCAAGCGAGGGAAAGGACGCAAGGGUAAAAGAGGAGGUAAAAGUAAGCGACGGGGGAAACGCAGGAGCAAACGACGUGGAUGAAUCAUGACUCAGGUCAGAAAACCGGCAGAGAAGUAGAAUUUACCGAGACAAAAGGCUGCGUUCUUUUUUAGCCUGCUUACUAUUUGAUUUUUUUCAAUGCUAGCGUUUGUAAAGAAAUUGUAAAUUACAGGUGACAUCAUCAAGUGACAUAUCUUCUUCCUCUGUGUGAAGAACUAUGUUCUCUCAUUACCAUGAACACACACUGUAGCUGAAGCUGAACAAUCCUCCCGUAAAAACGCGGUGAAACCAAAUGUAACGUAGUUCUUUAUGAAAUGAGUGACAAUUAAUUUGAACAGAUAAGUUUGUUAUUUACAGCGAUUUAUUUUAUUCAUGAAUAAAGCACAGAGUCAAAAGCCAGUUUUCACUUAAAUGGGAUGUUUACUGUUGUGCAUCAUUUAUUUUACUUUAUUACUGCAAUGUUCCUGCAUUCUGUUGUUUGUGAUUAAAGCUAAGCUAAGCUAAGCUAAGCUAAGCAUCCA